ACUGGGAGACGUGUCAUGACCCUGACCCUCAUUGUCCUUCUGGGCCUUGGGCUGUGUCGGUGCCCAUGGGACCAGGUCCAGGCAGGACUUCCCCCCAAACCCUCCAACUGGGCUGACCCAGGCCCCAGGGUCAGAGAGGGGAGCCCUGUGACCAUCUGGUGUCAGGGGUCUCUGCAGGCAGAUAGCUACAGUCUGUAUAAAGACAAGAGGUCUAAGCCCUUGGACACAAGCAUCCCAGAGGCCUCCAGCAACAAGACCAGGUUCCUCAUUCAGCCCAUGGGCUCACACUGUGCAGGACUGUACCAGUGUGCAUACAGCACUGGGGACACGCUGUCUGAGAGGAGCAAGCCCCUGCUCCUGGUUGUGACAGGUAAGGGGGAACGUAGGUCCCCUCCCCACUGCAGGCUCCUCCUCAGAGGAUAACGGGGACAAAGUGUGGCUUUAGGGGGGCCGCACCCCUCACAGCACACACCUGGGGAAAGUGGGAUGAUGGUCCCCUUUAACUCAGAUCUUCCUUCU